AUGUCCCACGCCGGCGCGACGGAGUGCUUCCCCGACCCGACCGCGUCCGUGCCGACGCCCGCGCCGACGUCGGCGCCGAGCCCUGGGCCGUCCUCCGAGCCCUCGGCCGCGCCGUCGGCCACGCCCUCGGCCGCGCCGUCGCCUGCGCCGUCGGGUGCGCCGUCCGCGCUGCCGUCGUCGUCGCCGUCCGGCGGGCCGUCGUCGCUGCCGUCGCCCGUGCCGACGCCGCUCCCCAGCGCGAUACCCACGCCGCGGCCGACGCCGUAUCCCACGACCGCGGAGCCGUCGCCGUCGCCGACCCUGCUCCCGUCGCCGCAGCCGUCGUCCUUUCCGACGGUGUACCCCCAGGUGACGGCGCUCCCCGCGGAGCGCGGCGUCGCCCUCACGAAGCCGGCGUCGGCGAACUUCACGCUCUUCCUCAUCAACCUGAGCCAGGACGAGCUGCCGGAGCAGUGCAUCCGGAACACGACGGGCGAGCCGGACCGCGACCACGCGGGCGCCGCCGUCUUCCCGGAGGUCGCGUGGUCGCGGACCCGCCUGACGCUCGGCAACUCCAUCGACGACCUCGACGCGACGGUCGUCGCGACGAUCCGCUCCGCCGGGUCGACGCCGGGGACCUACACGUUCCGCUACGCCGUCGACGCCUGCGUGUCCAACGUCGGCGACGGGGACGUCCGGCUCGUCGUCGAGAUCCGCACGGAGCCCGUCGCGUCCGAGUCGUACGUCGAGUUGGGCAGUUCGGCGCCGGUGCUCGGCGAGGACUGGCGGGCCGCGGCGACCAUCGUGCCCGUCGACGCCGACGGCGACCGCGUCGCCGCCGAGGACAUCGACGAGGCGUCGGUCUUCGAGGCCGUCCUCUCGAAGCAGAAGGCGCAGACGUCCGAGAACGAGACGGUCCAGUACGUCGGCUACCAGUUCUGCACGACGACCACGAAGACCUUCCCCGAGGGCGCGGCGCUCGUCGCCGACUGCGCGACGCCCGACGCGCGGGAGGCGGGCGUCUGGGACCUCCACGUGUCCCUCAACGGCGCGGAGAUGGCCGCGCUCAACGUGUCGGCGCUGUGCCCGGCGGGCCGCUACGACGCGGCGGGCUACUGCGAGGACUGCUUCGGCGGCCUGACCUGCGACGAGCCCGGCGUGACGCUCGACGUGCUGCCCCUGAAGGCGGGCCGCUGGCGCGGGUCGCCCGCGUCGACGAACGUGCGCAAGUGCCUGAACCCGACGGCCUGCCGGGGGGGCAACGCGACGGGCGACGCGUCCUGCCGGAGGGGCUACGAGGGGCCGCUGUGCGCCGUCUGCGACGCGGGCUACGCGCCCGCGGGGAUCUACCGCUGCGAGGCGUGCACGCCCGAGUACACGCGGACCGUCCUCGCCGCGCCGGCGUGCGUCCUGCUGCUCGUCGCGUUGUGCGCCUACCUCUUCGUCUAUCACAAGGCCUACAUCGAAGGUCUGGUCUUCGGGUCCAUGACGAAGCGGCGCUACCAGUCGCUCAAGGUCAAGGCGAAGAUUUUAUUCGUCAUGGAGCAGAUCACGAUCUUCGUGCCGGAGAACCUGCCGUCCGUCGCGCUGCCGACGUCGUACCUCAAGUACCUCGACGUGGCCCAGGUGCUGAAUCUGGACGCGGCGCGCAACGCGGAGCGCAUGUGCAUCACGCCGCCGAACUUCUACACGCAGCUCAUCACCGUGACGGCGAUCCCGAUCGCGGCGUGCUCGGCGCUGCUCUUCAUGGUCGCGCAGCUCAAGCUCCGCAAGCGGCGCUGGGAAGGCGCCUACACGCUGCUGCUCCUGUUGACCUUCUGCGUCUUCCCCACGGUGUCCCAGACCAUCUUCCAGACCUUCUCCUGCGACGGCAACUUCGACGACGGCUCCUUCCUCCGCCUCGACUACAACAUCAAGUGCGAGGGCACGACCUACGAGCUCUUCGUGCUCUACAGCGUGAUCAUGAUAUUCGUCUUCCCCGUCGGCGUGCCGCUCUUCUACGCCUUCAAUCUCUACCACGCGAGGGCGCUCCUCCGCCCGUCGCCGACGCGCGCGGCGAUCUCCGUGAGGGCGGUGCUGCGGCGGAGCCGCGUGUCCGUCGCCGCGCGCGCGUCGCCGACCCCGGGGCGCCCGCACAACAAGAAGGCCCUCCACUACUCGAAGACGCGGUCGCUGAAGCUAGGCGCGCGGUCGCCGGAGCACAAGCCCAAGGGCCCGACGCUCGCCGCGGCCGUCGUCGAGUCCCGCGCGGCCGUCGUCGAGCAGGAGCGCCGCGACGAGAUCGCCCGGCUCGCGGAGCUCUGGGCCGCCUACCGCCGGCUCGACGGGCGGCGCACGCCCGUCGAGGAGCUCGCGCUGAGGGAAGCCAUGGUCGUCGCGCUGCACGAGAUCCCCGACUUCUUCGAGCUCGAGGGCCAGGGGCACCUCAAGUUCCUGUUCCAGCCCUACGUGCCGCGCUACUUCUACUGGGAGGUCUUCGAAUCCCUGCGGCGCUUGAUCCUGGGCUCUGUUUUAGUGAUCGUGCAACCGGGCCACCUGUCGCAGAUCGCGCUCGGCGCGCUGGUCGCGUUCCUCGUCGCGGUCUUCCACGCCAAGUUCCACCCCUACCGCGAGGAGGCGGACAACGUGCUGGCGUUCGCCGCGAAUCUGGUCGUGGCGCUGACCUUCUUCGUGUCGCUGGUCAUCUUCGCGGGCAUCGAGGCCGACGGCUACUCGCAGGAGCAGCUCGGCGUGUUGCUCAUCGCGCUCAACUUCUCCGUGCUGGCGCUGGGGCUCGGCUUCCUGCUCCACGACCGCUUCGGCAUCACCGUCGAGUCGGCGUGCUACGGAGUGCUCGAUUGCUGCCUGUGCUGCGUGCCGCGCGCGGCGGACGCGCGGAAGGCGCUCCGGAGGCGCGCGAAGCGGCGGUCCUACGACACGAACGUGGAGCUCGUCGAGAAGACGACGGACCGGCCGAAGAACCCGCUCCACGCGGCCCAGGUCGGCGGCGCGGAGACGCGCAGCGACCCGACGGUCGACGGCAUCGACGUCGACCGGCUCGCCGGGUCGGACGACGACCGAGACGACGGCGGCGACGACGCGCGGCGGACGUCCUUCGCGGGCGAGCUCGACUACGACACCUACGACACGAAGCGCGGCGACGACUCGUUCUUCGCCCUGUCGCCCAUGGCCACCCGCAACCGCCAGCGGCGCGGCCCCGCGAAGGCGCACUUCCAGGGGCGCCACCCGGCCCACUCCGAUGCCGAGGAUCCCGACCCCGGCGACGAGCCCGGGCCGACCUAG